UCUGUCCUCUGUGAGGCAUCGGCUCAUGAAAGUCCAGCAGGCACCGCACUUCUAGAUCUCUAUAUACUCCCUUGGAAGAUGUCGUGGGAUUCCAAGUCGGCAUCGCGCCGACGUCAAAGCAGUAAUGCCGGCGCCCCCAAGAACCUCCCCAUCCACACCCGUCAAGAGUCCAGGCCAACAACCACCGAGCCGAAGUCGAGCCACGUAACGGACGAUUUUCUCCAGGACUUUUUGGACCCUUCGUUCGACCCUGCCGCUUAUUUGAACGCCACGCUCUCGCCUCUUCAGCAUGGGAGCAGUCAAUCGUCACGAAGCGGUGGCCAGGCCAUCCCGCUGGCGGAACUGUCCAAUGAGGCGCAGACGCUGCUGUCUCAUCUGAACAUUCAUACGACGAGGCUUUCGGGCACGCUCACCCAGAUGACGGACGACAUUCUGAGAAGCGGCAGUCGACUUGCAUAUGAGGUCGAGCUUCUGCGAGGCGAGACAUUGAGUCUUGCAGAGACCAUGAAUGAGACGUUGCAGGAGGACAUCAAGAAGUUCGCGCCCGGUGGCCUUGGAGAGCGUCCUACGCAGGGUGCUACGGACGAGACAGGCCUCAAGGCUACGGAUGGAGAGGAAAGGAGAGGAUCUUCCGGGGCCAUUAAGGCAGACGAGAACACGUUUACGGAGCGAGAUACGCCUCAAGAGCCACCGUACAUUCACCAGCUACGGACCUUGACGGUCGUUCGCUCCCGCCUUGACACCGUCAUCAAGACUUUUGGCGACGCCAUGGAGUUCGUCUUCCCACCGUCAGAGCUCUCGGUUAGCUCAUCCUUCCUGUCCGUCUCGGCGCCGGAUCCCGGGGCGGAGCAGCACAGUACGGAAGAGAAGGGACAGCAGGUCCUCCAGCAGCUGCGGGACGAGAUCUCACAGCUGCUGACCAAGUCGGAGGACCCGGUGAAGGGGAUCGAGGAGGCGGCGCAGCGUAUCGAAGAGCUCAAGGAGCUGAACAAGGUGUGGAAAGGAACGGCGGAGGAGAAAGGCAGGACAAGGUUCAUCGAGAGUCUGGCCAAAAUGGUCGAAGACCGGCACAGGGAUCUCAUGAGGGAGGCUGACAAGGCGAGUAGGAGGGAUGGGGCCGAUGGACGGGCGAGGAAAGGGAGUAUUCAUGCCGAUGCGGCGGAGAACAAGACGUAUCUUGGAGGCUAUGGCUUGAUGAGCCAGCUCCAGAAGCUCAGAAAUGGAUUGUAGGGCCUGGCCCGGCAUUGGCAGGGAAAUGCGAAGAUGAUUCAAAUCCCAGCUCACGAUUGCGUUGUUGGGGAAGCUUUCCGUGGUCCAGUACCUUACGCUCGCCAGUGAUGCCCUAACAGAGCGCCUGGCCUGUACUUGUUCCUAGGUAUAUUACAGAAUGACAGCGAGGUCCCUAC